UAAAUAUCUAUAUAUAACCCGUAUAUACAUUUCUGUUAUAUUACGUGAGUUGCCGAGCUUCGUGCAUUAUUUUUAAAUAAAUGUUACAAUCAAACAACAUAUAAACGUGAAUUUAUAAGACGUAUCGCAAUGAAUUUCUUGACAAAAUUAAUUUUUUCUGGUCCAUACACAGAAGAAAGAUAUAAUAAGUUUUUUAAUCCAAACGUUUGUCAUGUUUGCAAGGAGCCCAGCGAAGACUUGAUAACGUGUAAUCGGUGCUGCAUGAUUUCUUACUGUUCCGAGGAGCAUGAGGCGAUGCAUAGAAACACACACUCUCAGAUUUGCAAAGCUAUAGGAAGGGUAAUACAAGACAAAUUAUUCUCGAAUACGUAUCGUAGCUUGGGAGAAUGGAUAGAAUCACGGAAAGGAAUUUUACAUCAAAUGCCCUCUAUUCUGUCACGUGGCUUAGCUCCAUACGAAAUAGAGAUAAUAAUGUGCGCAAAAUCGUGUGGUGUGUGUUUCCGACAGACAAACAUAAGGCGCUGCAACAUUUGCUAUUCUGCUAAUUUUUGUGAUGAUGACCAAAUACUAUUUAAAAAAUUGCAUGAUGAGUGCUGCCAUGACUUGUUGCACUUACUGAACAUAAAUAUCGCCCAUAUAAACGGCCAUUUUGAAGAAGCUUUACCUCAAAUCAAAAGAUAUAAGUUCACCGGAUUUCCUGCUACGGCACCUUUUCAUGAUACUUUUACAUUUAUAAAGAACUACCUACCCAGUUAUACUACAUUGCCUGCUUAUGAGUUGACUUUAGACCAUUCUAUCGGUAUCAGAACCAUAUCACGAUUUUGUACGCUUGGAUUCAUAUGAAAAACCGAAUGUGAUCGUCCUGUUUCACAUAGAAUGGCUUUUCUUAAAUACAUGGUCUAAAUCUUUAGAAGCAAUAAUAGCGCAAGAGUGUCCGUUACUUUUAACCGCUAUUUCGGAAAAUACAGUACAAGAAUGCAUAGACAAGAUACAAGAACAAACAGGUACAACCAGAAAUCGAUUACACAGAGAAAAUAAAUUCCGCGGUUAUAUGCCGCAUAGAAAUUAUAUGACUGGUGGAUUUUAUUACCGAAAUAUGCAUUUUAUUAUGUUUUCAUAAAUUAAAUCACAUGAUCGACCUAGGCACAAGGUUAUGUAUUGUUCCUAUUUAUAUUUUGAUAUAGUUGAUGAUAUAUAAUUUUUAAUAAUAUUCAAGAAUAAAUUGGAAAUUUUUUACUGAGGCAUAUAUUCAGUCAUAAAUUGAUAGUAUUUUUGUUAAAAUAUAAUUGCUCAUUUGUCAGUAUAUAAUUAAUUAGUAUAAGGUGUGUUAGUAUAUGAUUUUUCAUUUUCUCAAAAUAUGUAAAGAAUGUUGAAUAUGAAAUAAUAGAAUGUUGGCCAUAUGUACAUAGUUUCUUUAAGUUUUACAAUUUGUCACAUUCUGCACCAUAUUUAUAGGCAAUAUUAUAUGCAGCUAGGAUCAUUCUAUGCCUAUAACUGAGUUGUAUGUAAUUAUCUUACAAAUCUCUAUUUCAUUGAUCACGUUCUACAAGUGAUAGGUGCUGAUAGUAAUUUCAAUGUUUCAUGUACAUUAUUUUCUUCAAACUGUGCUUUUUAAACAAAUAUUAUAACUUGUUAAUAUCGACUUUUCCAAUUAAAAUUGUCAAAAUAUGUUAUAAAAUAUGAAAAUAGACCUGGAAUUGUUAGCGUCUCUCGAGUUAUCAUCUGUAAUUGCAAAAUUAAAUACAAGUGUAAUUAUCGUCGGCAAUAAAAUAUAAGUCUUUUAAUAGUACACAUUCAUUAGGAAA